UGCUUCAGUUGAUUUUAAAGAAAAUGUUAACUGUGUGGAUAAUUUGAAAAUUAUAAGGACACAAUGAAAAUAGUGUAGAUACUUUAAAAAAAUAGUUGGAGAAAUUAUAUAUAAGUGAAACGUUUUUUAAGAUAGUUUACAGAAAUCUUUCCUAAAUUUUAAAAGUACAAGAGGAUACGAUUGUAUUUAUACAGGAAUAUACAUUAAUUGUGCAUGUAAAGAAAAAUGCGAUUGACUCUGUGAAAUACUCGAAAGUUAUGGAAAUUUGUAAGACAAAACUAAAUUGAAAUAUUCUGUAUUUGCUAUGAAUUUAUUUUUGCUCUUAGAAAUAAAAUUCAAAACAUGAGUGAAAACAUCACCAGCAACAAUUUAUAUACAAGUAAAAGUAGACAAGAAGACGACGUUAAACCACGUGUUUCUGAGAAAUGUCUUCCUACACUUUUGGAGCGACUUUAUGGACUUAAGGUGAUAGAAAUAAAGAAGCUCCCAAGUUAUUACGAUCAAAACUUCUUCAUAGCUGCAGGCAGCAAUAAUGAGGGUAAACACGUACAAAAAGUGAACAAAGAUGGCUACGUUUUGAAAAUACUCAACAAGACUGAGUCUCUCCAGCCUGAUAAUAUUGGUUCACAACAUGCAUUGUGCAAGUAUUUAAGAGAACAUGGAAUACCAACCCAAAUACCGAUUCUUAACACAGAAGGACAGGAGUGGAGUUUAGAAACAUUCACAGAUAUCGUUGAAGGUAAAUACAUAAAGACUGGUCCUUAUCUGACACGGUUAUUGACGUUUGUACCUGGUAAAGUGUUUGUAGACUCACCCUAUGUACCCGGCUCCUUCUUCAACAUUGGAAGGUUUGUUGGAAGACUGCACACAAAAAUGAAGGGAUUCAAUCACAACUUCUCGGACAAUCACACAAACAUAUGGAGUCUCCACCAAACACCCUCCCUAAAACAAUUCCAAGAUGUAUUACCUUGUGAAGCCGACAUUACAGUUAUCAAAGAAGUGGUUGAGGCAUUUGAACAGUAUGUGUUACCAAAAUAUGACACAUUUACCAAAGGUGUAAUUCACGGAGACCUGAAUGAACAGAACAUUAUUGUAAACGAAGUCCCUGGACAACACGACAUACCAACAGACCAACGCAUCCAUGAUGUAUCUGCUGUGAUUGAUUUCUGUUUCAUAUCUUACUCUUACAUUGUGUUUGAUAUUGCUAUCUGCAUUGCUUACAUAAGUAUUGAGUGCCCGGAUGAAAGCCAAGCAGACGUAGGCGGCCAUUUUCUUUCAGGAUAUUACAAGACGUGUAGUCUUAACAGUGAUGAGUUUGAAGCUUUAAAAAUCCUAAUAUGUGCUCGACUUUGCCAGUCCCUUGUUUAUGGAGCGCAUACAUACGCACAGCAGCCGGGAAAUGAUUACAUCUUAAGCACACAGAAACGAGGAUGGCCUCUACUGCACAAACUAUGGAAAAUGUCAACCGAACAUUUAUAUUCAAAAUGGAAAGUAAUAAUGAGUGAAUAUUAAAGUA